AUGUCACCACCAUUUCCCGAGAGGUUAUUCAAGUUCGGCUACGAACCUCAAAACAAGAAGGUAAACACAUAUUUCCAACUGAACUAUCUUGAUGCGAUUACCUUCGCCCUAGAAGACGACCAUAUCGACCAGCUUAUGGACUCGCAAUUCGGUAAAUUGUUUCAAGCCGGGAACAAGAUCGCUUCUUCUGUGAGGUUUCUCCACUUUCUUCUCUCUAGGCAACUGGUAACCAAUAAGAAGAAGGAGAUAUGGUGUAUCUUCUCAGGCCAGCCGAUACGAUUUUCCAUGAGGGAGUUCGGAAUAGCUACUGGUCUUGAUUUUUCUAGCCUCCCGUCGCUCUCUGAAGGUGAUGAAGCUGAGAUAAAGAACUACACCAAAGAACUUUUUGGUAGUGAGAAGAACGCAACUCCAUUGGGGAUAGCAAACACCCUUUUGGGGAGGCCUUACAAGGAUAAAGACACAAGAUUUCGUCUAGCUUUGCUUCUGCUUGUUGACGGGAUUGUCUGUCCGACCUCUAAGAACACAAAGAUAAAUGGCGAGCAUAUUUUGAUGGUUAGAGAUGUCGACGAUUUUCUAUCGUAUCCAUGGGGACGAAAAUCCUUUGACUUGACUAUGGAAAGCAUCAAGAGCCGAUGUUCUGUUCUUUCUAAUCUUUGUCAGUCGACAUGUGCGUUUCAAGGGUUCUUACACGGCCUGCAGAUGGUUGUCUUAGCUUGCGUCCCCAGCCUGAUGUCUAAAGAUGUUAAGGGUAAGAAGCACAGUUUAGUGGAUGACGAAAACGAUGAAGACGAGGCCCCAAUCCUACGUCCGGGUGCCCAGAAGGCAAUCCAGAUUCCAAUGAACCAUGUCAGAACGAUAGACAAAGAGGGCAAGGUCAGUGUAAAACACAUUCUCGAAGAUGAGGACAACGUAUUCGACGAGGAGGAGUUUUGCCACCCAGAUGAAGUAGAAGACUCAAAGGUCGAGAACUUGAUCGGUGCCAUUGAACAGGGUACUACAUUCACACAUAAGUCGUGGGUUGGCGGGAGUAAGGCUUCCGAAUAUAAUAAGAUUACGAAGCCUCAAUCAUCAACAAAACAGAAAUCUUCUUCGCCUGGCGGUGACGAACAUCUCGAGUUUGCCGCUACAGCUUUUUUUGAGAAAGUGGUUGCAGCCAAUUCCAAGAUUAUGAAUGCCCUUAACUCUAUUCAAUCCGAUUUCCGUAUCCUUCGGAAAGAUUUUGAUAAGGCAUACUCGGAGCUUUUCCUGUUACGUUCCGACAUUUCCAACUUGAAGGCGGACACAUUUGCCACCAAAACGAAGACCGUUUCUAGUUCUAGCCAGGACGACGAAGGUGGAAAUGAAGCUUCCGACGAUGGUGAUAACCAAGGCGUCAUCCAAGCUGUUAAUAAAACCCUUCCCGACGCUGAUAACGUAGUUGAUAACCAGGUGGAUGUGCAGAACGAAGACAUUACGAUGGAUAGGGUUGGCGUAAAUAAAGAUGGCCUUGUAGAAGACGAUCAUUUUGUUGAUGACGCUACAAGGGCCACCAAUCGUAUAGUUGACGUGUUAAACGACAUCAAUUCCUCCAACGAGGUCGCCGAUGGCAAUACCGAUACACUCCCUAAGCCAUCAGAAAAUACCACAGACCUGCCAAUUCCGGACUUGGAGAAUACGAAGGAUCAUCCACGUAAUGAUAUCUCAGAUGUUCCGGAUACUCGAACCGCAUCAGCUAAUACUAACGACACUGGAAACCUCCCCGACCCGACUAAUGAUUUAGCUGCUGAACAGGUCGAUGUCAACAAUAUUGGUUCGAUCCCGAGAACAGAUUUAGACAAAGACGAGGCAACUUUGCUUCCACAAGUAGACGACCCCCCAGCUUUUUCCCUUGGUCUCACCCAAGAGGAGAAGGCCCGCGAGAAAGCUAGACAAAGCGAACAAGCAGACAAAGAUGUAAUGGAGCCAUCGAAAGUCCCGCUUCCAACUCGCAAAAGCUCCCGGCAAAGAAUCACUUCAACUAAAUCCGAUGACUUUGUCUACCCUCAGAAACGGCUAAAAAAGACCGAGAACUCAGUAGACCUGUCUUCCUUUUUCCCCCCACCCACAGCGGAACAAGUGUCUUACAUGGAAGUGAAGCUGAAGGAGACGAGUCGUUUCCCCACCUGGUACGACGUAAAUCUUACCCCGAACGUAUUUUACCAAAUUUUAUCUCGCACCAAGCCCAUAAGCAUCCUGGGAAUGAAUGCCGUGUUUGCCUGCCUUCGUGAUCAGCUUUGGGUUAACAGGGAAUCUCAUCCUACGAAAUACGACUUCGUUGAGUUCGGAUUAAUCAAUGAAAUUGUCAAGCUCCAUCGAGAAUUCGUAUCACCCAACAAGUGGACGAAAAUAACCCUACCAGCCGGUGCAGCCGCUUAUGUCAAGAACCGGCAGCCGUGGUACACAUCAAUUGCCCGCAUCUACUGUCCAUUCCAAAUUGACAGCAAACAUUGGGUUGGACUUUGCAUCGAUUUGGAGGCUCAUGAUAUAACUAUCAUUAAUUGCAACCCGGCGUUCAAGGAGAUGAAGUUGAAGAUGGCAUGCGUACCAAUUGCUGAAUCUCUCCCACACUUCAUCCGAAAAGUUGCUUACAAUGCAGAGAUGAAGAACGACAGGUUGGACCCAUUCAACGUUACUGUUGCGAAGCCCGUCUUUCAGUCCCCAACAUCAGGUCUGAGUGGAGUGCUUACAAUCAUGCUUAUUCAGCUUCACGCCGAGAACUUGGCGAUAGACACCGACAUUGGGGAUGAUACCAUCCGGGAUGCAGCUCUGACAUACGCUUACGAUCUACUUUGCAAAGUGGACACCCCAAUUUCAGAGGCUCCGCCGAUACCAUCUUCUUGA